AUGGUUUUAACUCGUUCAGCAUCCAGUAUGCAAGACGAGGACAACAACAGCAACGACGAAUUGAAUACGACUAUGCGUGAACAGGGUGCAGCUAUGAAUUCGCAACAACCAUUGCCACUUGAAACACAAAUGAUUGCUAUGGCGAAGCAGUUGCAAGAGCUUACAAAUGCCAUAGCGAAACUAAGUAAUUUAGGUGAUAAUGCUCCUCCAACCUCUAAUGAGCAAAUGGCUCCCAGCAUCGCACCCUCUUUAGUAAGUGGUCCUGAGGCAAGUGGCGCUUCAAUUGUAGAAACUUUAGCAGACCUAAACCGAACAUUGGCCACCACCAGAUCGAAUGCUAGUAAAAAGUUACACGAUCUUCCAGAAUUCGAUGGAAAACCCGAAGCGUGGCCAAUGUUUCGCGAAUCCUUUUGUAUGACCACCGAAGAAUAUGGCUACAACGAACGGCAAAAUAUGCUACGGCUUCAAAAGGCAAUUAGGGGCAGGGCGCGUGAGGUAGUCGAAUGUUUACUAAUCCAUAGCAGCAAUGUACCCCGCGUUAUGGAAGCAUUGCACGAGCGUUUCGGAAGGCCGGAAUUGUUAGUAAAAAGUCAAAUUGCACGAAUACGUAACUUUUCACAAAUCUCAGAAAAUCGUUUAGAGUUAUUGGUACCUUUCGCUACGAAGGUUCAAAAUUUGGCGACCUUUCUAGAAUCUGCAGGGUGUGAGUACCACCUGAGUAAUCCUACUCUUAUGGAAGAACUACUUCUCAAGCUUCCCAUACAGCGGCGUUUAGACUGGGCACGUUAUGCAGCGAAUAUUGUACCGAGACCUACGGUGAGUCACUUCAGCAACUGGAUGCAAGAGCUAUCGCGUGUGGUAAACGCGGCCGGCAUUACUUCAAGCUCACAAGCGCGUUCAUCAGAAGGAAGAGGCGAAGCUCGAGGAAGGUUUUUUCAUACGGAUCACGUCCAGAGCGCCAGGCGGACUCCAUGUAAGCUGUGUUCGGAGGCACACCAUUUAUCGAAGUGCAAGCGUUUUCUCGAAAUGAAUCACACAUCAUGGUGGAGACUUGUGCGCGAAGGAAAACUAUGUUUUAAUUGCCUGAAGAGUGAUCACAGAAGCAACAGGUGUACGUACAAGCAUAAAUGCUCGGGGCGUUAUUGCUCAAGGAUGGUUCAUGAGAUAUUACAUGCCGACGAAGCUACAAAUACGGGUACGUGCGAGGUACAGUACGAGACUCAACGCUCACAACAGCAGCUGAUUCUUACCAACACUACGAGGCAACCAGGGAGUUCGAAGGUGCUAUUCAAGAUCUUGCCAGUGACGCUGUAUGCCAAUGAAAAGGAGAUACGAUGCUAUGCCUUCUUGGACGAGGGUUCAUCAAUAUCGCUGAUGAACAGGAGUUUAGCUGACAGGCUCGGACUAAAAGGUGCGAAAGAGAAGUUGAUGCUGCAGUGGCUUGGAAACAACACGGUAACCAAGUUGGCGUUUGGGGUUGACAUACAAAUUUCUAACCCUUUGCCCGGAAGCAAAAAAUUCAGCAUGAAGAAUGUCAAGGUCGUCGACGAUUUACAACUCCCCAAGCAAACCAUGGAUAUUUCUGAGCUGCAAUGUAAAUAUAGAUAUACGAAGCAUCUACCAAUUGCAAGUUUUAAUUCGGCGUGUCCUCAACUGUUAAUCGGACUUGAUAAUGCACACUUGGGAGUAGCGAAGAGAACGGUAGCAGAUGGACAACAAGGUCCAGCAGUGGUCUUAACGAAGCUUUGGCUGGCUAGUGUACGGCAAUGA